UCCAUUCAAUGAGAAUGAGAGAGAGAGAGAGAAUGUUGAGUGGAAAGUUGAUCCCUUUUAGCUUGUAGAGACAGAAACGAGAGUUUUUAGAGAGAGAGAGAGAGAGUCUUGGGAUUUUAGGGAUUGUUUCAGUUUCCUAUCUUCUUCGGGGAAGAUAAUUGAUUGCCUAAAAGUUAAGCUAGAGGAGUUCCCUGCAGGCUAACCGACUUAAGAAAUAAGCAAAAGGUCAUUUCUUAUUUCAGAAUCCCUGGUUGAGAAUUAUAAUUCUGUAUUUUGGGAAAGAUUUAUCUCUGCUAACGAAGUUUGUGAUCGGCGAUGUCCUGGAACGAGCACAGAGUUUUUGAUGAUAAUGCAUCGCUAUGACAUUUAUGGUAUUUCUUUUAGGGUGUUUGUACCAGUGCAGUUGGGCUAAAUGGAGAGAAAUACAGGAAGAGGUAUGAUGGAGCAGCAUAAAACCUAUGAGCAAGUUCGAUACGGUUCUGUGGAACCUAGAAAUGAGGGACUUGGUUCUACAAAUCAAAGAUUUUUUCAGGAUCCAUCUAGUUCCAUUAAUACUAAUAUGAGACCUCCAGAGUUCAAUAUACCAGUUGGUGCUAGACCUGUGCUCAAUUAUUCUAUUCAGACUGGUGAGGAGUUUGAAUUCAUGCGUGAAAGGGUGAAUUCAAGGCAACACUUAAUUCCAAAUCCUUCUGGUGAUUCUAACAGUGCAACUAGUUAUACAGAUCUGAAGGGAGCGUUGGGAAUCAGUCAUGCAGGUUCUGAAAACAGAUCAGAUAUCUCUAUGAUCUCCUCAAUGGAUAAAAGCCGUGCCCAUGAAUAUGAAAGGAGGGGCUCUUCUGCACAUGAAGACAAAGGGUACUGUGAGUCCACACAAUCAGUACCUCGGACCUCAUCAAGAAAUGACAGUAGUCGGGGAGCUCAUGCUUAUACCUCUUCAGAAGUUUCUGAUAACUCAUCAACAAAGGUCAAGUUUCUCUGCAGUUUUGGUGGUAAAAUUUUGCCCCGUCCGAGUGAUGGAAAGCUUAGAUAUGUUGGAGGUGAAACACGUAUCAUUCGGGUAAGCAAGGGCAUUUCCUGGCAGGAGCUGAUGCAGAAAACGUUGACAAUUUGCAGUCAAGCUCAUACAAUUAAAUAUCAGCUUCCUGGUGAGGAUCUUGAUGCAUUGGUAUCUGUGUCUUGUGAUGAGGACCUUCAAAAUAUGAUGGAGGAAUGCAAUGUGGUUGAAGAUGGAGGAUCAAAGAAACUCAGGAUGUUUCUCUUUUCUAGCAGUGAUUUGGAUGAUUCUCAGCUGGGUCUGGGUAGUAUGGAGGGUGAUUCUGAAAUUCAAUAUGUAGUUGCAGUGAAUGGCAUGGACCUAGGAUCAAGAAAGAACUCAAUUGGGUUGGGAAGCACUUUAGAAAACAAUUUGGAUGAGCUAUUGAAAUUAAAUGUUGAAAGGGAGACAGGGCGAGUUGCAGAUGAAUUAGGUGUGGCUAUACCUGCACCUUUGGCAGCUGGAAUGCCUGUAUCAACAAAUCGAUCUUCUAAGCCAGUGGCACCAAGUUCUGCUAAUGCUUAUGAAUCCAUCCCACAGGCUUACCAGGGUCAGAUGGUGGAUCAUGGAGGAGAAGUGCCAAUGGUGCCUACUCUUCCUCCUAGAGAGAACCUUCGUCAUGUAGAUAGCAAAACUACUGUUCCAUCAUCUGGUCCGUUGCAAUAUGAUUAUGUUUCUCAUUGCUCUUCAUAUGCACCGGUUGUUGAAAACACAGUUCCGAUACCUUUGCACGGGCAUAUAACUAGACAGGAAGGAUCAGCUCAGCAGCAGACAUACAGUGGCUCUCAUAUUCAGGACCCAGAAGUGUCAAAAAAGGACGAGAAAACGAAAAGAGAGAGCAUAGUUCAGACAAUGAGGGAACUUGGAAAAAAUCGCUCUCUAGAGAAGGAAGUUCUUGUAAAGGAGGCAAAAAUGAAGAGAGAUAGCUCAGUCCAGAAAAUGAGUGAACUGGGAAAAAAUGUAAAUCUAGAAAAGGAAUGCAUUGUUUCUUCACAUCCAACUGAAAGCUCUGUUCCCAGUUAUGUUCCUAGGGAAGCUUCAGAUGUCAAAUUUGUAGCCGACACAGGAGCAUCUUUGUUGCCUACAGAAAAGCAUAAGAAGCAUGAGGAACCUGUACACGAUGCAAUUCCCCCUGGAGCUUUAAAUGAAAAGAACUCAGAUAAAUUUAAUGAAAACGACCACUUCAAUGCGUCUGUCACACCAUUUGCUCCCAGAUAUGAUGAAUUCAAGGUUGAUUCUGCUGAAUUUACCUAUCUCGAACCACCAGUGGUUCCUCAGCGGGUUUUUCAUUCUGAGCGAAUUCCCAGGGAGCAAGCAGAACUGAAUCGUUUAUCAAAAUCUGAUGAUUCUUUUGAUCCUCAGUUUCUUAUAAGUCAUGUGCAUUCUGAUCGGUCACAUCAAAUGGUAGAAUCAGUUGAUAUGAUGCAUGAUCGGAAUGUGGCUUUCCAGACAGAGCAGUCUGUCUCAUCUGUAAAACCAUUGUAUAUGAAUCCUCAAGUUGUGGAAGAUGGACCAGCACAAUCUCACAAGUAUAAUGAGGCAGCUGGUUAUGUCGACAAAAUGAAUUCCAAGAUUUCUGAGGAGGCUUUUGAGUCAAAGUUUCAGAAUUCCAUGUUAAAGCCUGUAGCGCUUGCACCUGUGGAUGGCCAUGAAAUGGCCCGGGUUGUGAAUAAUCACAGAGAUCACUCAGACAUUGACAAAGAAACAUCUGCAAUGAAUCAUCCAGCACUAAGCCGAGGACCUUCUGGUAAGCGACAGGAGGAUUCUGCUUCUAAGGUCACAGAGUCUCAUCGGGCUGAAGUAACUGUUAAAAAGAACAAUGGGAAUAAUACCGAGGGGCAUGCACAAUCACUUGCUAAGGUUGAGAACCCAGUUAUAGCUCCUUCUCAAGGGGAGUCUACUCGUGGUGGCACUCCUGAGCAGGGGGACAUACUUAUCGAUAUUAAUGAUCGUUUCCCUCCUGAUUUCUUAACUGAUAUUUUCUCCGAGGCUGGAAAUUUUGAGGACCUGACUAGAAUUGGUCCGUUGCAUGGUGAUGGAUCUGGCUUGAGCUUGAACAUGGAGAACCACGAGCCUAAGCGUUGGUCAUUCUUCCAGAAGCUGGUCCAAGGUGAUUUUGUUAGAAAAGACAUUUCUCUUAUGGAUCAAGAUCACCUUGGUUUCUCAAACCCGCUUACAAAUACCAAAGGAGCACCAAUAGAUUAUAGUUUUCCGCCCUUGAAAACUGAAGGAGUUGCCAUGAGUUAUAUGGAUUCACAUAUCGAUUAUGAGUCUAGUUUCCAGCCACAGUCAUCUGGUGCAGUUGGACCUAACACUAUGGAUCUGCAUCCAGAGAACAGUCAGAUUAAUGGCAAUGAAAGCACGCAGUUUGAUGGCUUGGUGAACCCAAGAAUACUAGAAUCUGAUAUUGAGGAUGGGAAGUUAGAAGCUCAGAAUGCCGGGGCUCCCUUUGUGGAUCCUUCUGUGGAAGAGUUGGAUUUUAGCACCUUGCAGAUCAUCAAGAACGAAGAUCUUGAAGAGUUGAAGGAAUUGGGUUCUGGAACUUUCGGGACUGUUUAUCAUGGAAAAUGGAGGGGAACAGAUGUUGCCAUUAAACGAAUAAAGAAAAGCUGUUUCACAGGGCGGUCAUCCGAACAAGAGAGACUGACGGUGGAGUUCUGGCGCGAAGCUGAUAUUCUUUCAAAGCUUCACCAUCCCAAUGUGGUGGCAUUUUAUGGUGUGGUGCAGGAUGGACCAGGAGGAACACUUGCCACUGUGACAGAAUACAUGGUGAAUGGUUCUCUUAGACAUGUUUUACUUUGCAAGGAUAGGCAGCUUGAUCGUCGCAAGCGGCUCAUAAUUGCAAUGGAUGCGGCAUUUGGAAUGGAGUAUCUACAUUCAAAGAAUAUUGUGCAUUUCGAUUUAAAAUGUGAUAACCUGCUGGUGAACUUAAAAGAUCCUUUACGGCCCAUUUGCAAGGUGGGUGAUUUUGGUUUGUCAAAAAUUAAAAGGAAUACAUUGGUUACUGGUGGUGUUAGGGGAACCCUUCCAUGGAUGGCUCCAGAGCUUUUAAAUGGUAGCAGCAGUAAGGUUUCUGAAAAGGUUGAUGUGUUCUCCUUUGGGAUUGUCCUUUGGGAGAUACUCACUGGUGAGGAGCCUUAUGCAAAUAUGCAUUAUGGAGCUAUCAUAGGAGGUAUUGUCAAUAACACACUGAGGCCAACUGUGCCAAGCUACUGUGACCCUGAAUGGAAAUUGUUAAUGGAGCAGUGUUGGGCCCCUGAUCCCAUUGUACGCCCAUCAUUCACAGAAAUUACCAGGCGCCUACGUGUGAUGUAUAAACCACCAGGUCAUCACCAGGUAACCAAGUAGUGCCGUUGGAUGUUUGAGCAAUAAUUACCAGUUGUUUGUUCCAAUAUAUAUAUAUAUAUGUGUGUGUGUGUGUGUAUUUGUGAAAGGUAUUGUGUAACAUAUGAGUUGGGUGAAUGGGCUCCCCAUUGAGAGUAAGUGUGAAGAAUAUAGGUUUGUUGGUUUCAGAUUUGUCAUUGGAGAAAAGUACAUACUGUUUAGUGUAAAACCUGAACUUACCUGUAUCUAUGGAAAAUACAAACUUGGGUCUUGGCUUUUUGUGUUCA